AUCAAGUAGUACAACAACCAUCAGAGAACUGUUUUGAGUGGAUUCACACCAGCCCCAAGCCUGGAAAGAUGGUGUCACAGUCUACGGGCCGGCAGGAUUCCCCUGUGAACCCCUGGAAAGGGAUCAGUGAUGACUCUGGCAAUAUUGAGGUUUCUUCCAGCUUCCUGGACACUGACCACCCCGCUUGCCAAUUAGACAUCAGGCUCACAAGGCACAAAGCUGCCUGGAUUAACACCCAGUGCGUGCAGCAACAGCUGCAGGAGUUGCCCCUGCAGGUGCCAACAGUGGGGGACAACAGGAACCACCUGGUGGCAGAUGCCACCUCUCCCUUGGGCUUUUCACUGUCAUCACUUGGCAACUCCCUGGCAGAGACAUCAUUGUCUGAGGAUACCGUGGACUCCAUUGGCAGCGCCUCUGCCCAUGGCUCAAGUAAAAAGACUUGUGACUUCUCUUUGACCUCAACAGAAAAACAGGUGCUGCUCUCAGGAUGCUGUCAUCAGAUGUCUCUGCCUACAGGCUCUAAGAGUUCUGCCACUUCUCCACAUCCUGAGGCUGACAGUGCUUUUUUCAAGCCUUCCCACCUGACAGCAUCUGCUGAUGAAGGGGCUGUUCAAGUCAAUAUAAGAGCCACUUCUUUGAACAACUUCUCACCGGAGGCAUUCGUGCUGCCUGUCGAUGUAGAAAAGGAAAAUGCCCACUUCUAUGUGGCAGAUAUGAUUAUAUCGGCAAUGGAGAAAAUGAAGUGUGACAUCCUGAACCAACAGCAUGCAGAGAGCUGGAGGAAAGAAGAAGCCAGUGGGUCACUUGGGACUGAUCAAACUGACUCUGAAGUGACCUUUUAUACCAACAUAAAGCAAGAACCUGGGUCUUCCACUUCUUCCGACAGUGGCUAUGACGAUUUUAUCCACCAUACACCCUCCGCUAUUGCCUCUCAGUUGAUGUCUCCUGAAUCUGUGGCUGCAUUCUGGCACCUCUCUUCCAAGCGCUUGUUCCACAUGGCUGGGACUCGGUGA